UCUCCUGCUGAGCGACCUCAGCGUGGGUUGGCCAUCAUGUUGUUCAGCUCAAACAUCACAAGGAUACAAAGCUUUAUAAUCCUUGGAUUCCCUGGACUUUCACCUCAAUACCAUGGUGCUGCAUCAGCAGUACUUUUUCUUGUCUAUCUAGCGAUUGUAGUAGGAAAUAUUUUUAUUUUAGUUUUUGUCAUCAGUGAAAAAUCACUUCAAAAACCUACAUACUUGAUCUUUUGUCACCUUGCGUUAACUGAUUUAUCAUUUGGCACUGUUACUCUCCCAAAGAUCAUAUCAAAAUAUUGGUUUAAGGAUAGCAUCAUCUCAUUUUUCGGGUGUUUUACACAAAUGUUCUUUGUUCACUAUUUAGGGUCAGUGAUGUCAUUUCUGUUACUGGUAAUGGCUGUUGACAGAUUUAUUGCCAUAUGUAUUCCACUGCGGUAUCCUGUUCUGAUCACAAAUAACAAUAUAUUUGCUCUUUGUGGAUUCGCUUGGUUUAUACCUUUACCUCUAAUGAUCAUCGUAACAUUGCAAGCCCUCGGUUUACCUUACUGUCAAUCAAACACAAUCUUACAGUGCUACUGUGACCACAUCUCGUUAACGAACCAGGCAUGUGGAAAUGAUUUGAAAAUUGUGCAGGUGAUUACUCUCUGUAUUGCAAUGUUUUGUCUUUUGUUGCCUCUUGCGUUCAUCUUGAUUUCCUAUGUUUCUAUUAUUAUAGUCAUUUUAAAAAUGUCUAAUUCUGCAGGGCGCAGCAGAACUUUAGGAACUUGUACUCCACAAAUAUUCAUAACAUGUCUGUUUUAUCUCCCUAGGUGCUUUGUUUAUGUAGCUAAUACUGUACGGUUUUCUUUUAGUAUAGAUGUUCGUAUUUUAUUAAUUUUGCUUUACAGUCUACUUCCUGCUGCAGUCAACCCAUUGAUAUACUGCCUCAAGACUAGAGAUAUAAAGCGUACUUUGAUGAAGAGAAUAAAAACAAAUAAAAUUAGAGUAGAAUUAAAAAUCCGCAAUAACUGAUUCUUACAAUAAAAAUUUUGAUGACACAACAGUGAAAUGUUUUUAGCGCUAAUCCUUCACAAAUGAUUAUUUUUCUUAGAAUAAAAAUAAGAAAAGAAAUCAAACAAACUUCAAUAAAAGAAUAUCAUAUUGUAUGUGCACAUCUUUUUUUAUUCCUAACAGUGUGGAUGGUACAAUAACAGAGCUUAUGGGGAUAUUCAUUUUUGAGAUUUCAAUUUUAAGUUGAUUAAAGCAUUUAUGGUGGGGGAAAAAAUACAGUUAGA